ACAGAUAUUGAUAAGCCGUGGUACGAAACGUACGCGAGUAUUUUUACAAGCGAUUUUCACGUCUUAAUGCAAUCAUAGAAAUGUACAAGGACUGCUUGUUUUCUCUCUUUUGUAAAUAUGUCGUGUUUAAACACGACCAGAGAAUGUUUAUUAUCAUUUUCAUAUAACUGAAAUAGCGAGAAAAUAACGGGACAUUGACUCCAGUGUUGUUCAUAGCCUGAGCGCGAAAUUGAAUCUAGUAUAUUUAGGUGGACACUGAUUGCAGAAACUAUCCGUAGCUGGAUUACGUGAUUUAAACAAACGGACAAUUAAGGAACGAUACCAAUAUGGAAAAGAAAAGAGAGCUUCAGGAUUUCAAGAUCAUCCCUGCGACAGAAGCCGUGUACAUGAUCAUUAGAUUCCGUGAUGAUUUGGUAACGAAAAUCAGAAAUGCCCUGACCCUGUCAAAAAGAGGAGUGGAAAAUUACCACGGCAAAAUCAUCGGAAUAUCCGGGGAGGUCCAUGUAUACGAGGAGGAUCUAACGAAAUGGCCAUCAAAUCGCCGGAUCUUGGUCAUCUACUUCAAAAAUCGGGACAAUGCUGUCAGAUGGCUGAACAGUGACAGAUAUUUUAAGAAUGACGACUUCCCCAGUCCCUCGGACACGUUACAGAUGUUCCUCAUCCCAGUACACUAUACGGCAGACAAAGAAAACUACACAUUUCACCUGCAAGAAUUUGGAAAUUGGAGGGACUGGGACAAACUGAACAGCGGCUACGUGCAGCAUGCUGCUAAGUGUAUGGACACCUUUAAGGUCCAGCACGGCGCGGCCUUUACCAACGAGUCUGAAGGCCUCCGGUGCAGUUUCGUCAGGAAAGGCAACCUCGUAGUCCUGCACAGGUUCCAAUCACAAGACCAUUUUGAAAACUUCUAUUAUUCCAAGGCCUACGAAACUCUGAAACAGUUCAGGAGAACCCAAUGUGAAUGUAAUUCUACUGUUUUCACCAUCAACCCCGACCUCAGGAAUCCGUGAACUAUGGCGGCUGCAAUGACGUCACAGCAAUAUGUGUAUUUACCCAUCAUUCCAGGUCUUUUCCGUCCUCAUUCCGUGAAGACUGUAGACGUAGCAGAAAUGUUAUUCUAGGAUAUAUACAACAAUUCUGGAGAUAUAUGCAUUUAUUUAGUUUGCAAAAUUAAAUCAAAAAUGUCUCAAAAUGUUUUUUUAAUAUAAUUUUUCUCUCGAAUAUUUUAUUUGUCGCACACCUCUGACAAAUAUCAAUAUUGUGCAAAAAUACCAAUAGCUAAAAAUUUGUACAUCGCAAAAAUAAUCCAAUUGACGGGUUUUAUAUUCCCGCGGAUGAUUGACAGCGGGCGGUGAAGCGGCCAUUACUAAGUUGACUGUGAUAUUUUGAAGUAGAUUGUUGCUUUUGUACAUUUCAUCCUCCUUCAUGUUGAAGGGUUUAUCAGCUGUGGGAAGUCUCCUGAUUUCAUCGCUUCAUUUGUAUUACUUUAUUUGCAUGCCAUCACCAUUUUAGAUGUAUUAUAUUUUUAACUGUAUUCAGUCAUUUGUUGAUUAUUUUCUGUGAUAAUCUAAUAUCUAAUCAAAUAAAUCUAAAUACUCUCA